CCGCCGCCGCCUCUCGGGCCGCACUCCCGGCGUGCCCCGCACUCGCCGCCGCCCGCCUGCCCCUCCUUCUCCUCGCAGCGCCACACCGCCGGAGCCCGAGCCACCGCCGGAGCCCGAGCCGCCGCCGCAGCCUCAGCCGCGGGCACUAUGGCUUCUGGAGUUACAGUGAAUGAUGAAGUCAUCAAAGUUUUUAAUGAUAUGAAAGUAAGGAAAUCUUCUACACAAGAGGAGAUCAAAAAAAGAAAGAAAGCAGUUCUCUUCUGUUUAAGCGAUGACAAAAGACAAAUAAUUGUAGAGGAAGCAAAGCAGAUCUUGGUGGGUGACAUUGGUGAUACUGUAGAGGACCCCUACACAUCUUUUGUGAAGUUGCUACCUCUGAAUGAUUGCCGAUAUGCUUUGUACGAUGCCACAUACGAAACAAAAGAGUCUAAGAAAGAAGACCUAGUAUUUAUAUUCUGGGCUCCUGAAAGUGCGCCUUUAAAAAGCAAGAUGAUAUAUGCUAGCUCUAAAGAUGCCAUUAAAAAGAAAUUUACAGGUAUAAAACAUGAGUGGCAAGUAAAUGGCUUGGAUGACAUAAAGGACCGUUCCACACUUGGAGAGAAAUUGGGAGGCAAUGUAGUAGUUUCACUUGAAGGAAAACCCUUAUAAAUCAGUCAAGUGCCAUCUGGAUCUUAAGGAGCUUCCAUUUCUCCAGCUCAGUCAAUUGGAAUAGUAUUAGGUUUUGUUUUUUUUUUCUUUUCCCACUGGGUCGUUCCAAAACAGUGAAUGAAGGAAAUAUCAUUCAUGUAAGCAGCCUACCAGUGAUUGCCAUUAGACUGUUUAAUACUGUUACUAUUAUGUAGAACCCAAGGAAUGCCUUCCCAUCAUAUUUUAGCCAAAACAACUGGGUAUAUGCCUCCUUUGCAGCAAACACUACAGUUAAUUGUGAUUGUCAAUGUGAAUAGCUUAGAAUACUACAAAGGGUUAAGCUAAUUGAAUGCCUUCAAAGUAUUAUCCACUGGUGAGAUGGUAAACUUUAUUCAGUAUUACUGAUAGUUGCACUUGAUUGCAGUUCUGUGAGGCUUGAGCAUUCAUACACCUCACCUGCCUUGGCAAGCCUAUUUUUUUGUGACAUGGCAGCACGGAUAUAACACUAUGCAUUAAAAACACUUUUUUUGUAAUAAACUUAAUCCCCCACCAGAAAAGGAAUGCCAAUUAAGUUGUGUUAACUGUGUCAUCAGCUUAUCCUAGUACCUCAGUGUUCAUUCCUUUUACCUGUGUAUCUUCUUAAAAGAAAUAGCUAUUAUUAAUGCCUUUUUUCCCCCAUUGAGUGUACACUACUGAAUACAUGUAGUUUUAUGUUUACCAUGUAAGUGUUGCAACACUAAAGAUAUUUUGAGUAUCAGUCAUGAUGGCAAUUUCUGUAUAAAAGAGCCUUAAAUGGAACAUUGUUUUUGAGAUCAAACUCCCCACCCUCACAAAAAUGGCCACGUUGCAAUAAAAAUUGUGGCAUAUUACAGAACGGUUGCCUUGUUUUCCUUGGACAUUUUGCAAAAUACCAUGUGAAGCAACUCCUAGGCUAAACAGAUAUUAUUAAUUUCUACACUGGUCAUUUAAGAAUUUUUUUGUACGACAUUCUUGCAUGAUAUUUUCCAGUUUGUUGAUUUUAUUUGGUUUAAAAAAUAUCCUAAAGCUAAUAUAAAAUAUUAUUACAGAGGUAUACUUUUAUAAGCUUUAUUUAUUUCCUUAUGUAUCAAUAUGGUGAUCAGGAAUUAUUUUUUGCACUUUGACAUAAAUACUCUUCAGUAUCUGAUUAGUUCUUUGGAUAAAUUAGCAUAGUUAUUUUUUUUAAUUCACGUUUACAUUUCUAAGUAGUUGACCUGUGGAAGAAACAGGAAGCUCUUAUUGCCUAGUUGGUCAUAAUGAAAAUAAUUUAUAAAAUGUUGUCCUUCAAAAGUUUAAUAGUACUUCUCCUGUUUAGGAACUUUAAUUUCAGCUACUAUUUCUUAAUAUAUUUCACAAAUUAAAAAAAAAAAAGUUUAUAUAGCAGUCUUAAAGAUUAGUAGUGGAAUUUGGCUGUGGUCCAGGCGGCUCUCCUUAUAGAGAAUUUGAUCUGUUCAGUGUGAGCAGUUUGCUGUUAGCCAGAGCUAUUUAUGGCAAACACAUGCUUUUGUAUCUUGUCAUAGUUACCCACAAAUGGCAAAACUGGACUUGAUUCUGCUGGUAUGCAAAACAGGCAUGCUAGUAAGCAGUGGAUUGUAGCUUAGAAUUUAACCCCAUAGCUCUGAAGAAUGCUCUUAUUAGAAAACGGGAACUGAAAAAUCCCUUCUUUUUCUAAUGUCUGGAAGUAAUUUGAGUUUAAUUAGGUUUUUUUCCCAUGUUUUCAAAAGGUUUUUCAGAUGAAAACAAAAAUAGAAGGUAAAUGUCUAGGUUUCCAUUUAAAAUUAUAUGAAUGGCUUGGGAUCUUUUGCACUGAGCAAUUUUAUUUCAGGCUUCCAGCUGUCCCUGUGAAUUAUUCUGGACGUUUUGAUGGCUUUUUGGUAAGGCCAAACUCAUAUAAGUAGAGCAUGAGAAUACUGACAUAUACUAAACCAUAUGUGUAACUGAUACUUGUACCAUGAAAUUUUUCAUUAUUUUCCUCGUUCUAAAAAAUAAGGUACUAUAUCUAAAGUUGUGCAGUCUCUUGUGUUUUUAUAGCUGAUUUCUCAACUUUUCUUAUGUACCUCUUUAAUUAUAUAAUUUCAGAGGUUAAAUAUUGCUUUAAACUGUGGUACUUUGAUUUGCUAGAUUGGCAGAACUGAUACUAAUAAUUAAGUUCAUCUUUGAAAUACAUCUUUGUGCAUAAAGCCAAAAAUAAUGAUAAUUAAUGGUUCUUAUGUUACUUGAGACUAAUUUGGCAUUUGAAAUGAUCAUUCUACUUUACAAUCAUUUACAUUUGAAACAAUGUUCCAGUUAGCUUUAAAAGGUAUACGGUGCUAAUUAGUAAAAUAUCAAGGACAAUAUUUUACUGCUAGCUUGCAAAAUUAUAAGUGUUUAAAAAAUAAAAUAUAUGAAACUAUGUAAA